UUAUCGCCUAAUAGAUACGUAUUUGACCAACAUUACAAAACUUAUUAAUGAACUUAUCCCUUCUCUUCAUCUAAAAGAGAGAUGAACGGCGGAGGAAAGGUGGUCUGCGUCACCGGAGCUUCCGGGUACAUAGCUUCUUGGAUUGUUAAGCUUUUGCUCCUCCGUGGCUACACCGUCAGGGCUACCGUUCGAAACCCAACCGACACUGCGAAAACAGAACAUCUCCUUGCACUUGAGGGUGCAAAAGAAAGACUAAAACUGUUCAAAGCAGAUCUUUUGGAAGAAUGUUCCUUCGAACAAGCUAUUGAAGGUUGUGACGCUGUCUUUCAUACAGCUUCUCCUGUUAAGUACAUCGUCACGGAUCCUCAGACUGAGCUAAUAGAUCCAGCCGUAAAGGGUACUCUUAACGUCCUUAACACAUGCAAGAAAACUUCCUCCGUAAAAAGAGUCAUUUUAACAUCGUCCACGGCUGCGGUUCUUGUUCGUCCUUUGGAGCCAAAAGACGUGGUGGACGAGACUUUCUUCUCUGAUCCAAGUGUCUGCACCGAAUUAAAGUUAUGGUAUCCACUCUGCAAGACUUUGGCAGAGAAUGCAGCUUGGCAAUUUACCAAAGACAAUGGAAUGGACAUGGUCGUGAUAAAUCCAGGAUUUAUAAUCGGCCCACUUUUGCAGCCAACCCUUAACUUUUCGGUAGAGAUCAUUGUGGAUAUGGUAAAGGGUAAGAACCCUUUCAACUUUAUAAACUACAGGUUCGUGGACGUGAGAGAUGUUGCCUUGGCUCAUGUCAAAGCGUUGGAGAUUCUUUCGGCCAAUGGCAGAUACCUCAUUGAUGGCCCAAGUAUGACGAUAAACGAAAUUAGAGACACUAUACACGAAUUAAUUCCAGAUUUGUGUAUUGCUGAUAUGAAUGGAGAAAGCGAGAUGAAAGAAAUCACGACGAAAGAAAUCAUUUACGAAGUGUGUGUGGAGAAAGUGAAGACUUUAGGAGUUGAGUUCACUCCCCUCGAGUCAAGCCUUAGAGACACCAUCAUUAGCCUCAAAGAAAAAUGUCUCUUAUGAGAAUAUGAUCAUGUUUCAUGUACGUAUUUACGACAUGUAUUACUGGAUGUAUUCCGCAGAGAUAUUGCGUCUAUCAUCAGUGUAUUAAACACUCAUGGUACAUGCAGCCGAUGGUACAUUGUGACGACAAAUGAAAAUGACAAUAUUUUUAGCGAUUU